CUGUCCAUCAUUUUAAAAGGUGCCUCGGGACUGUCCAUAAUUUUAAAGGGUGCCUCAGAACUGUCCAUAAUUUUAAAGGGUGCCUCGGAACUGUCCAUAAUUUUAAAGGGUGCUUCAGAACUGUCCAUAAUUUUAAAGGGUGCCUCAGAACUGUCCAUAAUUUUAAAGGGUGCCUUGGAACUGUCCAUCAUUUUAAAGGGUGCCUCGGGACUGUCCAUCAUUUUAAAGGGUGCCUCGGGACUGUCCAUCAUUUUAAAGGGUGCCUUAGGACUGUCCAUCAUUUUAAAGGGUGCCUCGGGACUGUCCAUCAUUUUAAAGGGUGCCUCAGAACUGUCCAUAAUUUUGAAGGGUGCCUUGGGACUGUCCAUAAUUUUAAAGGGUGCCUUGGGACUGUCCAUAAUUUUAAAGGGUGCCUCGGGACUGUCCAUAAUUUUAAAGGGUGCCUCGGGACUGUCCAUAAUUUUAAAGGGUGCCUUGACUGAAAAAAGUUUGAGAAACACUGCCCUAGACUGAGUCUGUAUUGGUAAUACGGCCUCUGAAAUCUCCAGCUUUUAAAAAGUCUCAAGAAGCUCAAAACAUAUUUUUGG